AUGAGUGGAAGAGGUAAAACCGGCGGAAAAGCCAGAGCAAAGGCUAAGACCCGCUCCUCCCGCGCCGGGCUCCAGUUCCCCGUCGGCCGUGUCCACAGACAUCUGAGGAAGGGUAACUAUGCCCAGCGCGUCGGUGCCGGAGCUCCCGUCUACCUGGCGGCUGUGCUUGAGUACCUGACCGCUGAGAUCCUGGAGCUGGCUGGAAACGCUGCCCGCGACAACAAGAAGACCCGUAUCAUCCCCCGUCACCUUCAGCUGGCUGUCCGCAACGACGAGGAGCUCAACAAGCUGCUGGGAGGAGUGACCAUCGCUCAGGGCGGUGUGCUGCCCAACAUCCAGGCUGUGCUUCUGCCCAAGAAGACCGAGAAGGCUCCCAAGAAGUAAACAAAC